AUCAUUCAGAUGUAUCUACCUUCAUACUUGAUUUAAGUGUCAGCACAGCUGUGAGUGAUGUGACAACUUGAUAGAAGACUGCCAAUGAUGUAGUUAACCCACAUGCAAGUGAAGUCUAUUAUAGCAUGUGAGAAAUUCAUUUGAAAACCCAGAGGCCACUGAGCUCACGCUACUUCUAUAUAAUAGACUACGCCUGAGCGUUAUCUGAUGGAUGUUAUGUUAAAGUAGAUUAUGCAUCUAAGUAUCGUCUAGUCAUCGCCCUGAGCGUUAUUUCUAAUCUUAAAAGUCAUGACGUGAUUGGACUUGAUAACUUCAACUUUAAUGCCAGCGUCUUUUAGAGACCAUGCACGCGUCAGUCAUGGACAAUGUCCCUCUCCAGACUGACCGCUGUACCCUCGCCGUGUACUUGAGUGUAGUAUGCCGAGAUCCUACCAGGUGUCCAUGGUACGAGGGUCUCACGAUCACCACGCGCCUGGAGCCUGGUCACUUAAGGACAGAACAGACACUGACUACGGAUCUGAGGCCCGGGGACGGACUGUGUCUACCCACAUCUUGGGACUAGGGAUCGUCUUAGUUGGCGUCUUACUGCUAGCCAUCGGUCUGAUCAUGGGGCUGGAGUUUCCCAAGUACGUCCACGAGCAGUACAAGGAGAGCCAGUGUGUGGUCACUACAGAGAAGGACUCGUACACGUCAUGGGUUGCAGGAACAGAAUGGGAUAGAAAGGUCAAACUCUAUUACUGGACACUGGCCAAUGUGAAUGAAUUUCUGUAUCAAGGAAAGAUCCCAGAGUUCAUAGAGAAAGGUCCGUAUGUUUACAUAGAGCAAGAGGUCAAGGAAGAUGUUGCUUUUGCCGUGACAGAAGUGACCUACAGGUUGAACCGGAAGUACACUUUUGACCUGGAGUCUACUAUCAGUGAGUGCAGAGUUUGCCAGACAGACGAGCAGCUUUCCAUUAUCAACACAUGGUAUCUACAGAUGGUAGGGCUAGCAGGGGGAGAGAACUCGCUGGCUUGGUCAUACGUCCCCAAGUAUACUUCUGAGUUUCUCAGACACUUUGGCUUCAUCUACACCGACGAAGACGUUAUUAUCUACAACUCGAAUGUUUCCAUUCUGGGCAGCAUUUCUUCAGCGACACCGCCUGAGUUUCAGCCGCCUUGGAGCCAUUUCUUCUUCGGCAGCUGGUUGAACGGCUCCUCCAGCUCUUCUAAAUCUACUCUCCUCAGCGAGAGGAAGGACCAGUCUUUCACUAUCCUGGAGAUAACGGCCUUGUACAAAGUGUUUAGUAAUGUGACAUUGUUGGGUGGUCAGGCCCUAGCACUGCCCAACGUGACGUUGCAGGCUAUAUGUGACCACUGGGCUGAGAACAUCUGUUCCAGCUACUACGUUAAGCUAAAGGGCGUGGGCGUCCCAGAAUGUGGCAUCUACUACGUGCUGAAAAGAUGCCAGGACAUGAACAUCACAUCCCAGGCGAGGGAGAUCCUUCAAAAGGCAUUCUGUCCGCCUGGAGAAGAUGGUUGCCUUAAUUUCACGGGAGCCCCAGACGAUCUGCUCCCUGCGUACAGAAGCGUUAUAUUUGACUUCCUGCUGUUCUUGUCUGAGGUUGUUCUGGAAAGCGUCAAGUCGUCCCGGGACAUGAGUCCAGUUGUUACAAGGAAUCAAAGCGAGCUGGCCCUGGGAUACAAUAUCACUGUGGACAGCGUCAUCGGAGUUCUGCGUGUGCCUGGUGUUCUGCAGAUGAAGUGGAAGGAUGGAACUCGCCCGCUGUGGAAUGUCCUGACGUGCCUUGAUGACAGAGAUAUGAACAACAACAUGGUCUUACAAAGAUAUAACAACAUGUGGUCAACUCCGGCCCAACUGCUGAGGAAUCCAAACUUAACACCCAGUCUUACUUCAUUUACUGACUUCGCUACUUCCUGUUCUGCACUUCGCGCAUGCGCCACUUGCUAUUCAUUGCCAGCUUCCAUUACCAUCUUCAUGGAAGAUUUGCUAAGACCCGUGCCCUUUGAUCUCAACUCUAGUUCAUCUCUCAGUGACGUUGACGUCUAUAACUACACUCUGAACAAAGAUGUGCUCUUCACUUCUGACCUUUACCUGGUGGAUCAGGGACUUCAAGCCAUGUCAGGCAUCACUGGAUACACGUCAUGGGCAGGACUACCUCAUGCAGUAGGAGGCUCAAUCGCCCACCUAAAAAUGGAGAAAUCACAGAAACCUGGCGACACCUUUGUUGUUGUAGAGCCAGUCACUGGGAGGGUCUGGGAGAAGCAUACGCAGCUUCAAUGGAACGCCGCUGUCAGUAACGAAAGUGCUUUCUUUAAUGGGAGGAAAGUCUCAGCUGUUCAUCUUCCGCUUCCAGUGUACUGGUGGCACAGAUCGGCCGUGAUCAGCUCGAGUCAAGUGGAUUACUAUAAGCAUCUGGUAAGCCGACUGAUGCCAGUGGCUUGUGGUGGCCUCGUGGGAUUCAGCGUCGUGGCAGUUUUAGUGGCCAUCUUGGGGGCCAUCAUCUGUGUCUACCCCAGCAAGCCCAACAGAGUUGUGCCCAUGAUGGAAGACUCGGCCACCAACCUUCCAAACGGGAAACACUUUUAAACAUUUCUGCCAGAUUGUGUAAAAGAGCGUUGCCAUAGCAACAAAGACAAAACACUGCCAAGUGCCGCAUCGCCGACAAAAGCAAAGCAAACAAAAAAAAAGUUGAUAAUAAAUAGACAUUUGAAACGGCUUUUCGCCUGUUUGUUUGUGAUAACAAUGUUGCCUGUUAUGCUGCCUACUGCCUCCAGCUACAAUCUAUAGAGGAUCGAAAUGUUUUCAAACUGUUCCUGUUAAAGACGAAACUUGACAUCGGUAUCAAACGAUCUGACCUGACUCUGAGCUCAUGUUGAAUGGAUCCUGCAAAACACAAAACUAUCGAUUCGAUAAACUCAUUUAACAGUGUGAUGAAUUAUCGAUCUACGUUAUUUGUUAUUUUAUUCAAUUUAUUUCUAGAAUCUAGGGGGGCGCGGUGGUUGAGUGGUUACGAACCUGUGGUCUUGGGUUGGAAUCUCGGUGAAGACUGGGAUUUUGAAUUUCGGGAUUUUUAGGGCGCCUCUGAGUCCACCCAACUCUAAUGGGCACCUGACUUUAGUUAGGGAAAAGUAAAGGCGGUUGAUAGUUGUGCUGGCCACAUGACACUGUGUUCGUAAACCUUUGGCCAUAACAUCAUCUGCCUCAUAGAUCGCAAGGUCUGAAAGGAAUACUUUACUUUACUUUACUUUACUUUCUAUUUCUAGAAUCGAUACCAACAUGUAGGUUUUGUAAAGCAGAUUGUGAUUACUUUGAAAAUGAAUUCUGUAGCAAUCAAAUUUUGGUAUUGCCAAGAAAUUCUUUAGGUGCUUUCCUAAUUAAAUAAUUAAUAUUGACAUUUUAUUUAAACUAAUAAUAAAAAUGCUGAUAAAUCUUUGUUCAUUCUCACGUUGCUAAAGAAAAUAAUCUCAUCAUGUCAUAUGUAGUAGAUCUAUAUUAUACAAGUUAAUCAAGUAAUGUGCUGGGGGAAAAGUUCCAUAACUAAUGGUCACAUUCUCCAAUUACCUAUUGUCCCUCAAUUGUAGAGUGACUGGCCUUUGAAAAAAAAAAAACGAGAAUACUCGGUGUCGCUGUGUUCAUAUGUGUAGAUCUAAUAAAGGGAGCUUAAGGAAGGCAAUGAUAGUAUUUUAUUGUAUUUAAAACAAAAGUAGGAAUGAGGAAUAUAAGAUAGUGGUCUUGUGACUUUUUGCUUGUUUUUGUUAAAUUUAAACCAAUUCCUUUUUUAUUUGUUCACAUUUCUCCAGUAAAAACUGAAAUACAUUUCGAUUCGUUGUUUUUACAUGAUGCAUACUUUAACAGGGGCGGACUGGGUGCCGAGAUCGGCCCCUAUCUUGUGUGCACUAUGCCGAGAUCGGCCCCUAUCUUGUGUGCACUAUGCCGAGAUCGGCCCCUAUCUUGUGUGUACUAUGUCGAGAUCGGCCCCUAUCUUGUGUGCACUAUGCCGAGAUCGGCCCCUAUCUUGUGUGCACUAUGCCGAGAUCGGCCCCUUUCUUGUGUGCACUAUGCCGAGAUCGGCCCCAAUCUUGUGUGCACUAUGCCGAGAUCGGCCCCUAUCUUGUGUGCACUAUGUUAAAUCUCCAUCCCUACAUGUCGCUAGAUAUAAUGCGCAAAGUUUGAUCAAGCCUCGAACACUGAACUCACGAUUGAGUCAGUUGACUGCUACAUGAGGAAAUGUAAUAGAAAAAAGAAACGUGUACAGUACAAUCGAAAUCUUAAUUAGUCUAAAUAGAAAACUUGAUGACAUGAUUGUGAAAUGAUUGUGAAAUGAUUGUGAAAUGAUUGUGAAAUGAUUGUGAAAUGACUCAAAGAGUACAACAUGACACUUAAUAAAGGAGCGACAUGAACACCUCCAUCUACUGUACACAUCAACAAAGUAGGCGUGCGCGGCGCUACUUGUCCAAAGCAAUGUCUUCUAGAACGUACUUCUCACUAGCCAUCAACAGGAACAGGAAAAGUAAGAAAUCAUUUAACAAGACUUACUUUCAUUCAAAGUGGUCCAUGGGUCGGUGACCCCAUUCUGUGCAGGACCAACGACAUUUGCCCGAAUGCCUAUCUAGCCAGUCCGACCUUGACCGUGUGUUUUCAUUUCACCUAAAGCAUGUGUGAACAUUUUUUGUUGCAAAAAUUGUCUUCAUUUUCAGCAAACAAAUGUUACAUUACAUUUUACUUCCCCCCCCCCCCCCCACCAAAGUAGAGUGACAAGCUUUAAUGAAAAUAUAACUUAAAAUCAAAUUCAGUGGAUUUUAAACCAGUUAAAGGGGGCGGGGGAGCAUACCAGCAACAAAAUUUGUCAAAAAUGACGCUUUUGUGCUUUUAGUAACUGUAAGGAAAACAUUCAUAGGACUGCCACGGAAAUGGUGGAUCACGAAAACUUCACAUUUCUGUCACAUUCAAGAGAAAGAAAUAGUUUUAUAAUGAUAGUGGAUUACUAAAUCGAGAUCAUAAGAUACCUAAGUGACCAUUGUGUCCAAACAUUCCAUCCUUUUCACUGCGACUUUUAAAAGUUCAGGCGUAUGUAAACCAACAGGCUAUGACCGAAAAGAGAUCUGUAAUAGAUUAUGUACACAAGUCUUGACUGAAACAAUAUAUGUAGGAGUAUUAAUCAUUGUACAUAUUCUAGCCAAUGUGUUCUUUAUUUAUUGUAACUCUAGUGUAUAGUGUACAUGCUUUUUUUACCUAUUAUUUUGGCGGCAUCCAACGCUGUCUACACUACGUCAAUGAUCAAGUCAAU